AUGGAUCCGGAUCCUAGCAUACUUCUCCCGGACCAACCCGAUAGCUCUGUAGCACAUGUGGCACCAAAUUUCUCGGGCUUUCGAACGCUUCCACCUGAAAUCCGGAAUAAAAUCUGGAAAUCAGCUCUCCUGCCACGUCUUAUUACAAUUACCCCGAUACUGAGCCAAGAGGAUGCAACUUGCGAGGUUAAGGUAGAAACACAGCGGGUGGAGCUUGUAUGCGUGUGUCAAGAGUCUCGUGCUGAGGUUUUGAAGCAUUAUAAGCAUGUCAGGUUUAAUGGUGAUAAUGGGGCUACUACCUUGAUCAAUUGGUCCUGGGACACGGUUUUUUUACAUCUCCCUGAUGAAUCGGUGGACGUGGAUAAUACGAUAACCUUCCUUGGAGACACAUUUCAAUUGGUGCAAACACUCGCAAUUCGAAUGAGAACCCAUGUCUUCUGGGGAUUUCCGGAAUUUUUAAGACAAGCUCGUCACCUCCAGAGUUUAAUCUUUGUCGAUGAACCAGAGAGAGAUCCUCUCCCGCAAAAUGUGAAUGGUCACCUUUAUUUGAUGGAUCUUGGAUCUUUGGGCUUUGUUCGAGGGUGUAAUGUGGAUCCUUACGGCGAAUACCGGUUUUUCCAGGAGGAUAUUUGGACUACCCUUCUAGAAUGCUACCAAGAUGAACGGUUUGGCCUAAGGUACUGGGAGAUGCCACAGAAAACUAUUUCAUGGGUGAAGGAUCUGAAUAACAUUGGGGAGUGUUUGUUACUCCCAGUCACGUGA